GAACAGUUAGAGGGAGGAGUGUGUGUGUGUGUGUGUGUUGUGUGUGUGUGUGUGAGGGGAAAGUGGGAGGAGAAAGAGUGAUAGAGGAAGAGAAAAUCUUUGUCCUGCUGUCAGUAUAAAGACUUCUGAGAUCGCAUGCAGUAGGGUGAUGGCUGAGUGUGUGCGAGCGCGUAGUGUAUCAGGGAGUCCUGAUGGUCCGUACCGAGCGGGGCAGUGUGUGAACAGUCUGGUACAUGAGGAGUUUGAGGGAGUGGACACGCUGGAUAAACUGUUCCGUUAUGCAGUGGACAGAUUCACACAGUUACCCUGUGUAGGGAGCAGGGAUGUCCUCUCCUGUGAGAAUGAGACACAGCCUGAUGGUAAAGUCUUCAAAAAGUUGAUCCUGGGUCAGUAUAAGUGGAAGUCAUAUGAAGCGGUGGAUCAUGAAGUGAGCUCCCUGGGCAGAGGCCUGUAUGCUUUGGGUCAAAGGUCACGAAGCUCCAUUGCCAUCUUCUGUGAGACAAGAGAGGAGUGGAUGAUAACAGCACAGGCCUGCUUCAGAUUCAACUACCCCUUGGUCACCCUCUAUGCUACACUAGGUGAAGAUGCAGUAACCUUUGGUUUGAACCAGUGUGGAGCCACACACCUCAUCACCAGCAAGGAACUGCUAGAAACCAAGCUGAAGGUGGUGCUGCCGGAUGUUGUGGGUCUGAAGCACGUGAUCUAUGCGGGCAGUGGUGGUGUAUCUAUACAAGAUUACCCAAAAUCCCUCAGCAUCCACAGCUUACAGGAAGUGAUGGAGCUUGGAAAUAAACCAGAGAACUUGAAUGGUCAGUUUGACGCUCCGUCUCCGUCCGAUCUUGCUGUAGUGAUGUACACUAGCGGCUCCACCGGUCAUCCCAAAGGAGUGAUGAUGCACCACAGUAACCUCAUUGCAGGAAUGGCUGGACAAUGCCAAAGAAUCCCGGGUCUCGGGCCUGAGGACACAUAUGUUGGUUAUCUUCCAUUGGCUCAUGUUCUGGAGCUCACAGCUGAAAUGUCCUGUCUGAGUCACGGCUGUCGGAUCGGAUAUUCAUCACCACACACACUCUCAGACCAGUCCAGUAAAAUAAAGCGAGGCUGUAAGGGAGACUGCACCGUGCUCAAACCCACUCUGAUUGCUGCUGUCCCCGAGAUUAUGGACCGUAUUUAUAAGAAUGUGAUGAGCAAGGUAGCAGAGAUGAGCACAUUACAGAGGAUGCUCUUCAACAUGGCCUACAAAUACAAAGUACAGCAACUGGAACAUGGAGCAGAUACACCAAUAUGUAACACGUUGGUGUUUAAGCGUGUAUCACUGUUACUUGGAGGGUGUGUGAGGUUGAUGCUCAGUGGUGGAGCUCCUCUCUCUCCUGACACACACCGUUUUAUCAAAGUGUGUUUCUGCCCUGUUGGCAUCGGUUAUGGACUCACAGAGACUUGCGGGGCAGCAACCAUCUCAGAGUUUUCUGAUUAUACAACAGGACGAGUUGGGGCACCUCUCAUCUGCUCUGAAAUCAAACUACGAGAUUGGCCUGAGGGAGGAUAUACCUGUCAGGAUACGCCCCACCCCCGAGGUGAGAUUCUGAUUGGUGGUCCCAACGUUGCCAUGGGUUACUACAGCAGUGAGGCUGAGGGGGAGAGUGGGGAAUUUUGGGUAGAUGAGGCUGGACAGCGCUGGUUCUGUACAGGUGAUGUGGGGGAGAUGCAUCCUGAUGGCUGCCUGCAGAUAGUAGACCGUAAGAAGGACUUGGUGAAGCUGCAGGCAGGUGAAUACGUGUCCCUGGCAAAGGUGGAGGCAGCGCUGAAGAACUGCCCUCUAAUCGACAACAUCUGUGUCUACGCUAACAGCAAUCAGAAUUACAUCAUCAGCUUUGUGGUGCCCAAUCAGAAGCAGCUAACUGAACUGGCGAAUCGGAAUGGGAUUAAAGGCGAGUGGGAGGAGAUUUGUAAUCAUGCCACACUGGAACAGGAAGUGCUAAAAGUUAUUAAAGAGGUUGCAACCAUGAAUAAGCUGCAGAGAUUCGAGGUUCCCAUGAAGGUGCGUCUCAGUUCUCAGGUCUGGACUCCGGAGACGGGACUCGUUACUGAUGCCUUCAAACUAAAGAGAAAAGAAUUACAGAUGCACUACAGACACGACAUAGAGAGGAUGUAUGGAGCUUAACAUACACACACACACGGACAUACACACACACGGACAUACAAAUGGACACACACAGACAGACAGACACACACACGACAUAGAGAGGAUGUACAGAGCUUAACAUACACACACACACGCACAUGGACCCACACACACACACAGACAUACACAUGGACCCACACAGACACACACACACAGACAUACACAUGGACCCACACAGACACACACACACACACAGACAUACACAUGGACCCACACAGACACACACACACACACAGACAUACACAUGGAUCCACACAGACACACACACACACACGGACAUGGACCCACACACACACACACACACACGGACAUGGACCCACACACACACACACACACACGGACCUGGACCCACACAGACACACACACAGACAUACACAUGGACCCACACAGACACACACACACACACACAGACAUACACAUGGAUCCACACAGACACACACACACACACACAAGGACAUGGACCCACACACACACACACACACACGGACCUGGACCCACACAGACACACACACAGACCUACACAUGGACCCACACAGACACACACACACACACAGACAUACACAUGGAUCCACACAGACACACACACACACGGACAUGGACCCACACACACACACACACACACACGGACCUGGACCCACACAGACACACACACAGACAUACACAUGGACCCACACAGACACACACACACACACAGACAUACACAUGGACCCACACAGACACACACACACACACACAGACAUACACAUGGAUCCACACAGACACACACACACACACACACGGACAUGGACCCACACACACACACACACACACACACACGGACCUGGACCCACACAGACACACACACACAUGGACAUACACAUGGAUCCACACAGACACACACACACACGGACAUGGACCCACACACACACACACACACACACAGACAUACACAUGGAUCCACACAGACACACACACACACACACGGACAUGGACCCACACACACACACACACACACAGACAUACACAUGGACCCACACAGACACACACACACACGGACAUGGACCCACACACACACACACACACACACACAGACAUACACAUGGAUCCACACAGACACACACACACACGGACCUGGACCCACACAGACACACACACACACAGACAUACACAUGGACCCACACAGACACACACACACACACAGACAUACACAUGGAUCCACACAGACACACACACACACGGACCUGGACCCACACAGACACACACACACACAGACAUACACAUGGACCCACACAGACACACACACACACACACGGACAUACACAUGGACCCACACAGACAUACACACACACGGACAUACACAUGGACCCACACAGACACACACACACGGACAUACACAUGGACCCACACAGACACACACAGACAUAUACAUGGACCCACACAGACACACACACAUGGACCCACACAGACACACACACACACGGACAUACACAUGGACCCACACAGACACACACACAUGGACCCACACAGACACACACACACACGGACAUACACAUGGACCCACACAGACACACACACAUGGACCCACACAGACACACACACACAUGGACCCACACAGACACACACAGACAUACACAUGGACCCACACAGACACACACAGACAUACACAUGGACCCACACAGACACACACACACACAGACAUAUACAUGGACCCACACAGACACACACACACACACACACAGACAUACACAUGGACCCACACAGACACACACACACACACACAGACACACACACACGGACAUACACAUGGACCCACACAGACACACACACACGGACAUACACAUGGACCCACACAGACACACACACAUGGACCCACACAGACACACACACACGGACAUACACAUGGACCCACACAGACACACACACACGGACAUACACAUGGACCCACACAGACAUACACACACACACACACACACAUACACAUGGACCCACACACACGACAUAGAGAGGAUGUACGGAGCUUAACACAGACACACACUCACACAAACACACAUAUAUAUACACACACACACACACACGCACAAUAGAUAAAGUAAAUACUUCAGCAGAGAUGAGAUUCUGGUGGAUUCAGGACUCCAUCACACUCCAUACUGAGGUUCUCGAUGUGAGCUGAAGUAAACUCCAUAACACAGACUGGAAGAAUUCUGAUUUAUUUAAAAUUUUUCACAUGAACACAUUGAGAUGAAGAAAAGUCAGGAGAGAUUUGUAGUGUGUCCUGCUGGAGUGAGGGACGGUGUCCAUGGCAACGAAUAUCAGCAUGAGUGUAUUCUUCCUCUGAGCUACAGUUCUGAUCUUUAGGAGAGAAUUUUAUUUUCCAACAUGCUUAUAUUUAUAUCUAGAUAGCAGAGUGUGUGUGUGUUGGGGGGGGGUGAGUGGUUUGGGCAGGUAUAUGAGUGUGAGUGAGAAACUGGUUGUUCUGGAGUGACUGGAAAGAGCAGGUAACAGAGCUUCCUCUGCUGUAAAGUCUUUAAAGAUGUCUUUAAACUGUUCAAAUAAAAAAAAUAAAAAGUUUCACUUCA